CAGAUCCUUCGGGGCGGUCCAGCGGCAGGCAGCAGUCUUCAGCCCCGUCUCCGACGUCUCGUCGUGUCGCGACUUGCUUCAGAAUGAUGUCCCAGACGGUGCCCAACUACGACUGCGGUCCGGAGCUGGCCAGCAGCUUGGCCGAGCUCGACUUCUCCAUCCUGAGCGACUACCAGGUGCCGUCGCCGAGCAGCCUGCCGACGUACGAGCGCUCGCCGCCGCACCUGUUCGGCUCGCCGCCGCGCGAGUCGGCCGACGGCGACUGGGACUGCCGCGGCGAGUCGGCCUCGCCGGCCCACCUGGUCAAGCAGGAGAUGGACCUGGCCGCGGUCGGCGGCCGCAUCAAGCAGGAGUUCGGCCCGGCCGACAGCUGCCUCAGUCUGGCCGACAUGUCGGACGACGGCGGCCGCACACCGCGCUCGCCCUUCAGCGACGGCGGCUACUCUUCGCAGGGUUGCUCGCCUAGCUCUCAGCCGGACAGCCCGCCGCCGCCCUUCCACGGCGGCUUCCACCACGCGGCCAGCCCGCCGCCCGGCUACGGCUGCCACCCGGCGAGCCCGCCGGCCAGCUACGGCGCCGGCUGCCCGCCGUGCAGCCCGCCGGCGCAGGACCACCAGACGCUGCGCCAGUGUCUGCGCGGCGCCGCCCUGCCGCGCCGCCUCAACAUGCCCGCCCUCGGCCUGGACCUACUCGGCAGCGAGGGCGGCGCGCAGCCCGGCAACGGCUGGAUGCUCGACCAGCUGGCGCCCGUGCUGGACCUGGCGCUCGAGCAGAUGCGCCAGGAGAAGAAGAACGUCUGCAUGCUGCUGGGCAUCCCACCAGACCCCUCCCAGUGGACGGUGGAGCAGGUGCGCGCCUGGGUCGCUUACACGUGCCAGCAGUUCCGCCUGCCGCCGCCGCCGCUGGACUGGCUGACCGUCGAUGGCCAGACCCUGUGCUCGCUGUCCGAGCAGCAGUUCAGCAUGUACGCGCCGCAGUGCGGUGAGACGCUGCUGGCGCAGCUGGAGGUAUGGCGCGCCGACCACCGUCGGCCCGGCCCGCUGCCCUGGCCCGUCAAACAGGAGCCGCUCGACAUGGCUGGAGACGCGGCGGCCGACAGCGGAGACGCACCCGACUCGGACGACGAGGACGACAAGUCAACGCCGGUGCGCAGCGGCUCUCACAUCCACCUGUGGCAGUUCCUGAAGGAGCUGCUGACGCACCCCCAGCUGUACGGCUCGUCCAUCCGCUGGAUCGACCGGCAGGCCGGCAUCUUCAAGAUCGAGGACUCUGUGCGGGUGGCGAAGCUCUGGGGCAAGCGCAAGAACCGGCCGGCCAUGAACUACGACAAGCUCAGCCGCUCCAUCCGGCAGUACUACAAGAAGGGCAUGAUGAAGAAGACCGAGAGGAGCCAGCGGCUUGUCUACCAGUUCUGUCACCCGUACAGUCUCUAGGUCCCAGGUGCUAAUGCUGGUGAGGCGGUAAGGCCUCGCGUUGUCCAGCACACCUCAACGUCCGUUUUGUGGGAGUUACCCGCAAAAUUCCGUGUAUGCCGUUCAAGGCAUGUAUAGAGUAAGCAUCGUCGCACCCAUCAUGUUAGAAUUAAGUCGUAGGACGGUCGGUUGAGCGUGGCCGGUCCAGCUCCCGAUCCUGCUAGCUUCUACGUUUACAGUUAGCCGGAAGGUAAUUUCUUGUCUACACUGUGCCAACGUUAGUCUUAAGGUUGUACUGUUAGGUUGCCGCGUGGGAGGGCUGAGCCUCCGCCGCCCUGCUGCGCCUCGCGCGCGGGUGGCGCGUGCGCUCCCCUCCAUGUACCCGGCGAUGUUUUGAUCCCAUUUAUCUAUGAUAAAUCACCACCGUACGUUCUAUGAACACGUGGUCGGACGGCCGGGCGGCGGGCGGUCUCGGACGCAGGGCGGGUCGGGGCGACGCCCCUGGCGCCGCCGGCACGUCCGGACCGGGAGCCCGAGAGCGAGCGAAAGAGCGCCAGCGGCCGGGAGGGGACCGGGGAGCGAGCUCAACCCCGCUGCUCUCCCCGCCAAGCGUGCCUGAGCCGGUGCGAUUGUGAGAGUGCGUGUGCGCGCCCGAUCCGAGGCGGGCGCGGCCCGGAGGUCUUGGCGACCUCGCCCAGGUCGAGGUCGUCCACAGGCCGAUAGGCGUCGCGCCGACCCGCGGCUCAUCCCGUCCGUCGCCCUGUACAUAGUGUAAAUAAAUACAUGCAUGUAGAGGUAGCGAGCGAGAGAGGGCCGGCUGGCUGCAGCGCUCGGCGCUGCGGAAGCCGGCUGCGAAGAGACGGGUGCUCCGCUGUGUUCUGCGGUGUUCACGCCGCUGUGCUCUCCCGCGGUCUGGUCGUCUCGUCGCGACCCCGCGCGGAGAUCACCGCUUCGUGUUCCAUCGCCGAGUGGCGUUGCGUACUGUACCGACGCCAGCUGGUGUGAAAUGCCAGUCCGACUGGCAAAUGCCCCUGGCUGGCCAGACGGCGCGGCCUUCUAAUGUGCAUCAGUGGAACUGUCACGAUGCAGCGUCACUGCUCCGCUGCGGGGUUUCACAGUACUUUUGCACAGUGUGACGAUGGCUGUUCUUCGCAUGCAUGUUUUGUGCCCAUUUGGAUGGCCAGCAGUUGUUUAUAUCUGCGCGCAAGGGUUUGUGUGCUUUUGCAUUGGAUUGAUGGUUGGGUACAAAUACAAAAUACAUGUUUGGAUGUUG